AUGUCGCCCCCGACUGCUACCGACAACGUCCCCGCAUCGCAGCCUGCUGCAAAGGAGGUCCAGAAGGGCGCUCCCAAGUUCAAGUUCCCCAAGCCCGUCACCUAUGACACGCUCGAAGACGAGCGACGCGGUCGCAAGGAGAGACUCGCACAAGCGUUCCGAGUCUUUGGCUUGCUCGGCUUUGAAGAAGGUGUCGCCGGCCACCUGACUUUCCGAGACCCUAUUUUGAAGGACCAUUUCUGGGUCAACCCAUUCGGUGUGCCCUUCCGCUUCAUGACCGUCUCGGACCUGUUGCUCAUCGGCCCUGAUGGCAACAUCGUCGACGGUGGACGUCCCGAGAGGAUGAUCUACAACCAGGCAGCCUUUGCCAUUCACCACGCUAUUCACACUGCUCGACCCGAUCUCGAUGCUGCUUGCCACUCUCACUCGCUCUAUGGCAAGGCCUUUUCCACACUCGGCAGGAACAUCGAGAUCACGACCCAGGACAGCUGUGCAUUUUACGGACAGUGCGCCCUGUACGAAAACUUCGGCGGUGUUGUGCUCGCCGACGAGGAGGGCGACAACAUUGCCAACGCGCUGGGAGACAAGAACCGUGCCCUCAUCCUGCAGAAUCACGGCAUCCUGUCCGCUGGCACCUCGAUCGAAGCCGCCGUCGGCUACUUUAUCCUGCUAGAGAAACACUGCCAAGUGAUGCUGAUCUCAGAGCCUGCUGCUGCCGCUCGAGGCACCAAGCCUAUCGUCAUUGGUCACGAAGAGGCCGAGUUCACACGCAGGCAGGUGGGCAGCGACCAGGCGCUGGCCUUCCAGGCUUCGGUCUACUUUGAUACCGUGGCCCGUCUCGAUAAGGGCGCUUGGAAGGAGUAA